GAGGGUUUGAACUUGGUACAUUCCGAGAUUAUAAAAGGCCCACGAGCAGCAGCUCCACUUCAGUCUUGUCAGAGCUCUUGCUGAGAACGCAUCACUGUGUUUGGACACCCAAGUGAGAUUGAAAAAACCCUUUUUUUCACUCCAAUGACGAACAGAAAAAAUAUGUCGUGGUACGACAUGUGGGUCAACCAAGUAGAAGUGGAUUAUGAUUUAGUCAUCGAGCAGGAAUUUGUUGAUUUUCAACGCCCAGGUAAGGCAGAACAACCCCUUACUUUCGCUGAAUUGAUGAACAGCAAAAACAUCUGCUGGCACGACGUAUGUGUCAACCCUGUUGAAAUGGAUUAUGAUUUAGUCAUCGACUUUGGUUCUGAUAGUGAGGACGAAAAGUCAGAUCUGUCUAAAACUGAAGAGAUGGAGUCUCAGGUGUCAGAUCAAACAUCCGUCUUUGGUGCUGAGAAAGAGUCUCUUCCUAAUGAGACUCAUUUAUCUGCUGAACUGGAGAUCUCUGAAUCUCAGACAGUUGUCCCAAGACCUCAGACGGUUCAGCAGGAAUUUGAUGAUUUUCAACGCCCAAGUAAGGCAGAACAACCCCUUACUUUCGCUGAAUUGAUGAACAGCAAAAACAUCUGCUGGCACGACGUAUGUGUCAACCCCGUUGAAAUGGAUUAUGAUUUAGUCAUCGACUUUGGUUCUGAUAGUGAGGACGAAAAGUCAGAUCUGUCUAAAACUGAAGAGAUGGCGUCUCAGGUGUCAGAUCAAACAUCCGUCUUUGGUGCUGAGAAAGAGUCUCUUCCUAAUGAGACUCAUUUAUCUGCUGAACUGGAGAUCUCUGAAUCUCAGACAGUUGUCCCAAGACCUCAGACGGUUCAGCAGGAAUUAGCUGAUUUUAAAAGCAGCCAAACUGAUGAACUUCUGAAACAAGUGGAUCAUUUGAAAGAAAAACUGCAGAAUAUAAAUACUUGUUUCAAUCAGGAGAAGGAGAACAGGAUUGCUGCAGAGAACCAGUGUGAAAAACUGGAGGAACGACAUUUGGACUUAGAAGCGAUGUUAAGCAGAGAAAAAGAUGAGAAAAUCAAUGCAGAAAAGAAGUUUCUUGACAAGCUGGAGAAUUUAAAGGAGCAGCUUUCAGAAAAGAACAUUUUCAUCGAAAAUCUGCAAAGAGAUUUAGAUCAAGAACGUUGGUUCAGACUCGUUAGUGUCCAGGAGCAGAAGAACGCCCAGCAUAAAGUCACUGUUAACGAGAACUAUAAGAAGGAAUUGAACAAUCUUAAGAAAUGGAGUGGUGACCUCUUUGAGAUGCUGGACAAUGUUGAAACGGAUAUGAAAUACAGAGAGAGUAAACUUCUGGAAGAGCAAAAUGAUUUUAAACAUCAGCUCAAACAGAAGAAUCUAAUCUGUGAAGAUUUAGAGAAACGUUUGAACAAAGAAAACGAGCUCCGCCUGACCUGUGAGGAAGAACUCAAAGAAACUAAAAAUCGAAUGAGUUCAAUGAACGGAAAAAUGUCCGUCUGUGAAGAACUUAGCAGCAGUCUGGACAUGGAGACGCAGCUCAGAGUUAGCUAUGAGGCUCAGCUGGACUCUAACAGGGCGAUAGUCUGUGAGAAUUCAGAUCUUAAAGAGCAGAUCAAAGAUCUGACUCAGAGCAACUCAGAACUCAGACUGGUCGUGGAAAACCUGACCGCUGAGAACGCUGCUUCUCACCAGGAGUUGGCUGAACAGCAGGAGAGAGUCAAACAUCAACUCCAAGAUAAAACUGUCAUCUGUGACCUUUUGAAACAAGUGGAUCAUUUGAAAGAAAAACUGCAGAACAGAAAUACUUGUUUUAAUCAGGAGAAGGAGAAGAGGACUGCUGCAGAGAACCAAUGUGCGCUUUACAAGGAGCAAACUAAAGAAAUGGAGAACGGUGUGGUUGAACAGCAACAAAAGCUGGUGACCUUAGAAAAGAAGUUACAGGAGCAGAAAAACGUGAAUAAAGAUUUACAAGAAAUCUGCUCGGAUCUAAAAGGUGAGACAGACGAGUCUCGUUUUUCUGGAGUCUCGAGAAACGAUCUGAUCGAGAACUUUGAAAAACUGGAGGAACAACAUUUGGGCUUAGAAGCGAUGUUAAGCAGAGAAAAAGAUGAGAAAAUCAAUGCAGAAAAGAAGUUUCUUGACAAGCUGGAGAAAUUAAAGCAGCAGCUUUCAGAAAAGAACGUUUUCAUCGAAAAUCUGCAAACAGAUUUAGAUCAAGAACGUCGGUUCAGACUCGUUAGUGUCCAGGAGCAGAAGAACGCCCAGCUUAAAGUCACUGUUAACGAGAACUAUAAGAAGGAAAUGAAAGAUCUUAAGAAAAGGAACGGUGACCUCUCUGAGAUGCUGGACAACGUUACAACGGAUCUGAAGAACAGAGACAUGAAACUUCUGGAAGAGCGAAAUGAUUUUAAACAUCAGCUCAAACAGAAGAAGCUAAUCUGCGAAGAUUUAGAGAAACGUUUGAACAAAGAAAACGAGCUCCGCCUGACCUGUGAGGAAGAACUCAAAAAAACUAAAGAUCAAAUGAGUUCAACGAACGGAAAUCUCAAGAAGGAGAUCAAAGAUCUGAAACAGAAGAACUUGGAGCUCAGUCAGACGCUGAGAAGUGGUCAGGCUGUAGAAACUAAAUCAGACCAGAUGUGUGAGGAUCUGCAGAAGUUUAAACAGCUGCUCCAUGAAAAAAUGUCAGUCUGUGAAGAACUUAGCAGCAGUCUGGACAUGGAGAAGCAGCUCAGAGUUAGCUACGAGGCUCAGCUGGACUCUAACAGGACGAUAGUCUGUGAGAAUUCAGAUCUUAAAGAGCAGAUCAAAGAUCUGACUCAGAGCAACUCAGAACUCAGACUGGUCGUGGAAAACCUGACAGAUGAGAACGCUGCUUCUCACCAGGAGUUGGCUGAACAGCUGGAGAGAGUCAAACAUCAACUCCAAGAUAAAUCUGUCGUCUGUGAAAACCUGGAAACAGGUUUCACCAACGAACAGAAGCUCAGACUCCAGCUGUACCAGCAACUCCAGGAAACAUCUGGCCUGUGUGAGAGCCUGGAAAACCAGCUUAGAGACGAGCAGAAGAUCAGACUUGGUUUGGAGACUGAGCUCGCCCAAAACAGAGACGUGGUCAGUGCAGGUCAUGAUGAUCUGAUGACCAAACUAAAACAGAUGGAGGAAAAAGAAAUGAAACUCUGUAAAGUCGUCGUUACCCUCCAGUUAGAUCUGUUUAGAAGCAAAAAGCAGCAUGAGGAAGAGUUGGGAAUCCUGAAGGAACAAGUCUCUGAACUCGAGUCACUGACUACAAAUCUGGAAAGUCAAAAUCUGAUCUUGAGACUAAAGACUGAACGUUUUAAUCCAGAUCAGCAAACCGAAACGAUCAGUGAGCAGAACGUGGACGCUGCAGAAGGAAACAAGAGUCUUCCUGCUGAAAACGACUCUUUAGCAGAAAGCCUCGAGUCCCAGAGAGAUGCUCCACACUCAGACACAAAAAAACUGGAAAAAGUUUCUGUGUGGAGGCAUUUCAAGAAAUUUGUAACCCCGGGAUGUCUCCGUCAGCACAAAAACAAACAACCUAGCAACUAACCUCCCUGCUAACAAACCAGAAAAGGCUAAUUAGAAGACAUCCCAUCUCCUGGUGGCAGUGGGCAGCACUGUCCAGGAUGAAUCAGAGAAGUUAAACCAGCCACUGCCUCCCCAAAAACCCUGUUUAGAUAAAUAAACAAGACCCCCCCACCCCCACCCCCAA